AUGGCUUCAUACAUUACGAACAAUGUUAUAGAGAAACAAACUACGUUAAAUUUUUCUAAAUUUAUUAAACCAUUAUCUUUUAUUUUGGAUUCUAGUUUCCCAGGAUUUUUUCGAUAUAUUAUUAAAUCCCAAACCAACUAUUAUGAAAAAGGAAGCAAAGAUAAUCGUUAUUCAAAUUUCGAUUAUCCACUACACAACGCCAGUAUGGAUGAUCCCAAAGGUUGUGGCUAUGAAAUCCCACCAGUUAAAAGUGAUGUCAUUUAUGUAUAUAAUAACUAUAAUUACACCUCUAGUACAUCAUAUACCAGUCUAAAUAAUACUUCGAUUUUUCAAUAUGGCAAUAAAUCUUGUUUUAGUAACGCCAUUAUGAAUGGUUAUAAAAAUAGUGAUGAUGAUAUAAAUUUUAAUUACUGUUAUAAUCACUACCCUAUUCAAGCUGAAACACCAGUUCCAACAUCAAUGGUAUCACCAACACCAAUGGUAUCAUCUGCACCAAUGGAAACAUCCGCACCGAUGGUAGCUUCAACAACGUUUACAACUCCUCCAUCAAUGGUAACAUCAUUAAUUCUUCCAGCGAUACCAGAUUACCCAGCUAUGCCAUCAAUACCAGCUAUUUAUCUUUGUAAUGCUUGUGCCAAAGCCGAGUCUAUCAGAAUUAAAUCGGAAAAUGAAGCAGCUUCAAAAUCAAAAUUAUAA